AUGAUGAUGCCAAAGCUAGUUCGUUUCGGUGAGACAAGCAAGAGAUGUGUCCCCUCGUUGGGUUUGACGAGAGCAGAACGCAAGGCUCUGUGGUUUUCCAAGUCGGAAGUGAAGGCAUUUCGUCAAGAGGCAUCACUGGAGGAAAGCAACAACAACAGUGGUUAUUACGGCUCUCAUCAACAAGAACAACGGCGAAGAUACAUUAGCUACGUGCUACAGAUGCAAGCAGCUAAUCGACACAAUGGAAUGGAGGAUUCAACGGGGUUGGCGGCACUGGCUGUUGCGCACAGUAAGAGUGCCGUGGAAAAGGCUCGCUUUCGGGCGGUCAAGGGUGCCGCGGAUGUGCAAAAGACGCACGACGCCACUGCCACCACUAUUACACGACAAGCACAACAACAGCAACAACAUGUUCCAGAAGAAGAUACCGAUGAUUUGAAACCCACGCGCUGUCAAAGCCGAAGAACACGAGUGGCCAUCAAUGCACCACGACGAAAUCGAACUGCUGCCAACAUGGCCUGA